CGCUGCGGGCCCGAGGCCCAGCCGCGAGCGGCCUCCCGGGCCUCCCUCCCCGUCCUGUCCCGUCCCCUUCCGCGGGGCCUUCUAUAUGGGCCACCUUCUCUCGAAGGAGCCGCGUAAUCGUCCAAGCCAGAAGAGGCCUCGCUGUUGCAGCUGGUGUCGCCGCCGGCGCCCUCUCCUCAAGCUGCCCCGCCGGACGCCAGCCAAGGCGACCCCCCAGCCGGCAGCGCCCCGGAGCCGGGACUGCUUCUUCCGCGGACCCUGCAUGCUCUGCUUCAUCGUGCACAGCCCCGGCGCGCCCGCCCCCGCCGGCCCAGAGGAGGAGCCGCCGCUCUCGCCGCCGCCGCGGGACGGGGCCUACGCCGCCGCCGCCGCCGCCGCCGCCUCCUCCUCCUCUCAGCACCUGGCGCGACGCUACGCGGCCCUGGCCGCGGAGGACUGCGCCACCGCCGCCCGCCGGUUUCUGUUGUCCUCGGCCGCCGCCGCUGCCGCCGCUGCCGCCUCCGCUUCGUCGCCCGCCUCCUGCUGCAGAGAGCUGGGGCUGGCCGCGGCCGCUGCCUGGGAGCAGCAGGGCCGGGGCCUCUUCCUGGCCAGCGUGGGGCCCGUGCGCUUCCUGGGGCCGCCCGCCGCCGUGCAGCUCUUCCGGGGGCCGCCGCCGCCGCCGCCGGCCGAGCCCCCCGCGGGCCCCGAUAUGGUGUGCAAGCGGAAGGGGGCCGGGGUCCCCGCCUGCACCCCUUGCAAGCAGCCCCGCUGUGGCGGCGGGGGCUGCGGCGGCGGGAGCGGCGGCGGGGGCGGGCCUGCGGGGGGAGGCGCCUCUCCGCCGCGGCCCCCCGACGCCGGCUGCUGCCAGGCCCCGGAGCAGCCCGCGCCGCAGCCGCUGUGCUCCCCGCCCUCGUCCCCACCUUCCGAGAGCGCCUCCAUCGAGGCCCGCGGGGACGCGGUCCGAGCCGGGGGCACCGCCCCCUCGUCCGCCAAGCAGCAGCCUGAAUGCGGCGACACGAACGGUCAGGAGCCCCCCGAAAACCCUUGCGACUGUCACAGGGAGCCGCCCCCCGAAACCCCAAACAUCAACCAGCUACCGCCGUCCAUCCUGCUUAAGAUAUUUUCCAAUUUAUCCCUGGAUGAACGUUGCCUUUCUGCAUCAUUGGUUUGCAAGUACUGGCGUGACCUUUGUUUAGAUUUCCAGUUUUGGAAGCAGUUGGAUCUUAGUAGUCGACAACAGGUCACUGAUGAAUUAUUGGAAAAAAUUGCAUCAAGAAGUCAGAAUAUAAUAGAAAUCAACAUUUCUGAUUGUCGCAGUAUGUCUGAUACUGGCGUAUGUGUUCUAGCAUUUAAGUGUCCUGGACUACUUAGGUAUACAGCCUACAGGUGUAAACAGCUUUCUGACACCUCUAUUAUUGCGGUUGCCUCUCACUGCCCUUUACUUCAGAAAGUACAUGUAGGCAACCAGGACAAACUUACUGAUGAAGGACUCAAACAGCUGGGAUCAAAAUGCAGAGAACUCAAAGAUAUUCAUUUUGGCCAGUGUUACAAGAUCUCAGAUGAAGGCAUGAUCGUCAUAGCUAAGGGCUGCCUGAAACUACAAAGAAUAUACAUGCAGGAAAACAAAUUAAUGCAGUUAUUAUUUCCUGUUUUGCGUAUGAGAAAAACCAAGCUAAGAGAGCUGAUAAUACAUUUGCCUGUCCUGACGUUACUAGUGACAGACCAGUCAGUGAAAGCAUUUGCUGAACACUGUCCUGAACUUCAGUAUGUUGGCUUCAUGGGUUGUUCAGUGACUUCUAAAGGAGUCAUCCACCUAACCAAGCUAAGAAAUCUUUCCAGCUUAGACCUACGUCACAUCACUGAAUUGGAUAAUGAAACUGUGAUGGAAAUUGUCAAGAGGUGCAAAAAUCUUAGCUCUCUCAAUCUCUGUCUGAACUGGAUCAUAAAUGACAGGUGUGUGGAGGUCAUUGCAAAGGAAGGACGGAACCUGAAAGAGCUAUAUUUGGUGUCCUGUAAAAUCACAGAUUAUGCACUGAUAGCCAUUGGGCGAUACAGUAUGACAAUAGAGACCGUGGAUGUUGGAUGGUGUAAAGAAAUUACAGAUCAAGGAGCCACCCUGAUUGCACAAAGCAGCAAAUCUCUGAGAUAUUUGGGGCUGAUGAGAUGUGAUAAAGUCAACGAAGUGACCGUGGAACAGCUGGUGCAGCAGUACCCCCAUAUCACCUUCAGCACUGUCCUGCAGGACUGCAAGAGGACCUUGGAGAGAGCCUAUCAGAUGGGCUGGACCCCCAAUAUGUCUGCCGCCUCCUCCUAAUGUGCAUGCCCACACAUGGGUACACUUGGAUCCUUCUGCGGGGCAGAGAAGUGUAGAUUUGGAAUGGGUGAUCUCUUGGAAAGGUUUUAACUAUCACCUGUCUGUGUGUGUACCAGAGUGUGUAUAUUUGUGUCUUGUUUGCCUACUGCAUAGCAUAAGCGCACUUGUUAUUUGUUCCCAGGUGAGCUGACUUUUUUUUUUCUUAAAAAUUGAAGAUUAUGAAAGCCACACAAAGUUAGUUUUUAAGUUUAAAGGCUUAUUUCUUUAAACAACAAUUUUUAAUAGAGAGCCAAAGAAUUGGACUAUUUUGAGCUUCUGAUUUCUGCCAUUUUUAAAAUGCCCAAAAAAGAAAUCUUUCUUUUUUGAUGGAAUAGAAUUGCGCACUUCAACAGGUCAGCCCAGGAGUGAUGGUGUACUAAUUGGAAGCCUGCAAAUUAAUGAUCUUCAAAAUUCCAAGCACAUGUACACAUAUAGUUAUUUACACUCUUAGAUGCCCACACCUGUGGGUGUACAAACACACCAGGGUGGUUUCUUCAUAAACCAUUCCUGACAGAGGGGACUUCCUCCAGGCCAUAGAGGGAGCACGUCAUCCACUGUGGCACCUCCUAAUUAAGUGUGUCCACAAGUGGGCAGCUUUCUGUCUGGUGAGUGACUUAGGGACUAGAAAGAAUGAAGCCUUUUGUAAAUUUUUUAUAUGGAGAAAACAAUCUGAACUCCCUUGGCCAGCUCACAAAAAUUAAUUAUUCAUUAUUCUACACAUUCUGUUGAGUACUAAAUAUUUUAGUUGGUUUUACAUUAAUAUUGUGUUAGCUUUUAUUUUGUGGAUAGCAAGUGAUUGGGAUAUAUUUUAGUGACAUUUGGAGGUAAUCUUAGCAUUAUCCACAAUGAAGCCACCAAUGUAAUUAAUGGUGUAUAGUCAUUUAAAAAAAUCUACAGAUCAUUUCAUUACUUUGUUAACUUUGAUAAUUAUGAAGACAUAUUUCUGAGAUUUGGGGUAGUCACAUUAAUAGACAGUUCAUGAGUGAAAUAUAAGUAGACAAUCUACUGAAUUUUUUUUUUUUUGCUUUGCUUUGGGUUUCAGAACAGAUUUUUGGAUAUAUGCAUGUUAUCGGUUUUUUUAAUAGUUCUUAUGCUACUGCAAAGAUCUAUUGCUAGCUACUGUAUGAGUUAAGAAGAAAAUUAGAAAAUCUGUUCAUUAAGAUUCUGUUUACACUUGCCAGAAAUAAGUAUUUUUGUUUAAUUGAAGAUUGCCAGCUUUUGGUUAAGACAGUAGCUAUCAGAAAAUGGAUAUGCAUUUGAUUUCACACAUCUUCACAAUUAAUUCAUUGUAGGUACUCAGGCUCCAAUAAACUUUCCUAUAUCUAGAUUUAUAAUCAAGACUGUAAGGAGCCUUUUUAAGCUAAAAAGUGAUUAUCUUUCAUAGUAGAACUAAAAAUAAAACCCUGAUUUGUCAAUUUGCUAUUUAUUCCUCCCGAUGUGGGCAUAACUGUUAUUUUGUCUUUAACAGAUAUAAAGUUUGAGUUCAUUUCCUAUAAUUCCAAAUAUUGUUAAAAUGAUACUAGCUGUAAGAAACAAAAGAUAGCCUUACAUAUGAAUGUCAUUCAUGUAUUUAUAGUGACUUCUUUUUUAUAAACAACUGUUUCUUUUGAUUAUAUCAACAUAUUUCUAAUGUGACAAUUUUUGUUUUAAUUCCAAUCAGUUCAGAAAAUGUAGUCAGUAAACACUAAGGAUAUUUUCCCAUAGCUAAAUAGAUUACUAAUUUAAUUUUAAGGGAGUAAAAUUUGUGUGAGAAAAAGCUGUUUACCAUUAAUAAACUACAUUUCUUCUUACACAGUGAACUGUGUCAUUUUCAUAUCCAUUUCUCCACCACUGAAAAAUCUUAUUUCACAACAUUUAAAUUGAUUUUUAACCCAAAACUAAUUUAUAGGACAGUAUGUAUAGUAAUAGUAGCUUCAGUGAAUAAAAAAUGUUUAAUUUUAUAUAUGUCAUACUAUAUUUUAAAUAAUUUUAAAAGGGACAAAAGAAGGGAGAACAAUCUAUGUUAUAGAAGGUAUAAUUUCAGUUCAAAGUUAUAAUAAUCUUUGGAGUGUUACAGUUUGGUUGUCAAAUGGUUUCAGAGUGUAUAAUUGAUUUUUUAAAAUGUCUCAUUGUUUUAAAUAAAGUACAGCACUAAAACAUGCUUUAGCUUGGGGGUGGGAUGGGGUGGGGACUGCACUUAUUCUCUAAGAUGUCAGCUACUCCAGAAAGCCUGAUGCAACAUAACCUGGAAAACUGCUUUGGUACAUUUGUAGAAAUCUGUAGACGUAUCAUUUCUAGCCUCAAAGCAUUAAUCUCAAAAAACAGCCAGGAAAAGCAUCACUCUGAGUGAUUCUGUGAUGGUUGUUGAAUGUGUUCUCAUUAGAUGCUUUAAAAUGAGGCUUGAAAUAAUUUUUUUCUACGCAAUAUAGUUUCUUUUUCUUUCCUUUUUUCUGUUUGUUUGCUUAGCGUAUCAUAAAUACAUGUGAACAUGUUUAAUGCAGGGCUUUUUAUCCUCUCCAAAAUGUCAACAGUAUUUUCAGAAUAAAACCUAUGAAAUACAUUGCUGUAGUGAAAAACUCUGGUCCUUUGUCUUUAAUGUCUUUUUGAGUGGAUAAAGAAAAUCACCCAGUUUGUAGUUUCUAUAUUUCUGUGAAUCUUUUGACCUUGCAAUGGGUUGCAAUAAAAGAGAAACAAAACACUGUA